GGCCGAGAGAGGAGCUGGUGGAGCUGUGUGUUGCCAGAUCUCCCCCUGCUCCUCCAGUGGUUUUAUUAUUUGGAGGGCAGCAGCAGCAGUAGGGGAAACCCGUCCUGUAGAGAGCAGCCUGCAGUGUUUCUGGAUUGAUUUUUUUGGAGUGCAGAGCGCAGAUCUCCCCCGGGUUUGGUGCAGGCGGUGUGUGUGGCUGGCUGGGCAGGAUGUGCGCUGGUUUUACCCGGGGAGCUGCUGGGCUGCCCCGGCGCUCUGGCAGCAGUAGCGGGCUGUGUGGACUCGGGGCUCCGCUGCCGCAGCCUUGUUCACUAGCCUAGCUAAGCUAACGCUCACUAACUCUGCGCUGUGUGCUGCUGUACCCGGGCUAGAGCCUGGGCCUGGACUCGACACCGCUGUAACCGAGGGAGCGAGAUAGCGAGGGGGCGAUAAGGCGAGAGGGCUCGGUGAUGUAUUUGGAGCGCGGCCCGCUCUUUUUAGCUCUCGUUUAAGAAACUUAUGGACUAAAAUAUGGAACACAGCCGAGCUCGGUACGACUGGAACGAACUGUGUGCCCGGUCCGCGUCCCGUUUCUGCACGAAUCCGCGGAAACAUAUAGCUAACUAAUGCCCUGACCGGACCCGAGCCGCCAUCCCCUUAAACCCAGAUGGAUUCAGAGCCCGGUUCCGCUUCAUGUCUCGGUUUCUGUUCGCUUUUAUUCGACGUUGGCUCUCCGUGCCGCAUCCUCUGACUCUCCAAUGGAAGUAUGUUACCAGCUGCCGGUGCUGCCGCUGGACCGGCCGGUACCGAAGCACGUCCUGGGCCGGCGCGGCGCGAUCUGCCUCACAUCCAGCCCGGUCCUGUUCGGCGGACCGGCCCCCCGACAGCUCUCUAAGAGACGAGGAGCAGUUUCAUAUGACAGCUCAGACCAGACAGCACUCUACAUCCGCAUGCUCGAUGUUCGAUUAAAAGCGCCACUGUACACACCCGAAAGAGUGGAGCGAGAGAGAGCAGAGAGGGAAAAGAGUAAAGAAAGAUAUGAAAGAACACAAAGAAGACAGCACACACAGUUCUGCACUGACUUCAGACCUCUACAAUGGUGUUUUGGUGUUGUUUGUGCAGCGCGGACGGACGCUGUGGGAUCGGAAGCAGAGCAACCGGUCAGAAGUGUCCUAAGCUUCCAGAAAAACCUGCAUUCUUCCCAUUUGAGCAGAAAUCACACACACAGCACACACCACACUCUAGACCAGGAGUAUGUUGGCCAAGCAAAGUGUCUGCUGAGGAAAGUCGGAAGCUGGAGCUUUGAUAUCUUCCUGUUUGAUCAUCUCUCAAAUGGAAAGAGUUUGGUAGAUUUAACCCUUCACCUCUUCAGUGAAUAUGGUCUGAUCAAGCUCUUCCAGCUGGAUCACCUCAAACUGCGGCAGUUUUUAGUGAUGGUACACCAAGGCUACCGCAGUCAGAACCCAUAUCAUAAUUCUCUCCACGCUGCAGACGUGACGCAGGCCAUGUACUGCUACCUGCAGGAACCGCAGCUCUCAGAGUCUCUGACAUCCUUCGAUAUCCUGUUGGGUUUGCUGGCAGCUGCAACUCAUGAUUUGGAUCAUCCAGGUGUCAAUCAGACCUUCCUCAUCAAAACCAGCCACUACCUGGCUUCACUCUACCAAGAUACGUCUGUACUGGAGAAUCACCACUGGAAAUGUGCCGUCAGCUUGCUUAGAGAGUCAGGACUUCUGUCCCACUUUCCAUUUGAAGACCGGAAGAACUUGGAGAAACGGUUGGGGUCUCUGAUUCUGGCGACUGAUAUCAGCAGACAGAAUGAAUAUCUGAGUGAAUUCAGAGCCCACCUGGACCGAGCGGACCUCCACCUCAACAACAGCCAGCACAGACACUUUGUACUGCAGAUGGCUCUGAAAUGUGCAGAUAUCUGUAAUCCAUGUAGACCCUGGCAUCUAAGCAAGUUGUGGAGCCACAAAGUUACUGAGGAGUUCUUCAAUCAAGGUGACAUUGAGAGGAGGAAUCAUCUUGACAUGAGCAUUCUCUGCGACAGGAACUCAAACAGUGUGGACAAAAUACAGAUUGGGUUCAUGUCGUUUGUGGUGGAGCCCCUGUUUGUGGAAUGGGCUCGUUUCUCAGACACGCCUCUUUCUCAUAUUAUGCUGGGUCACAUGGCUUCUAACAAGUACAAAUGGACCCAUUUACCACAGGCGGACCUUCGAGAACCCACCCAGAGCACAUCCUCCAAAACUCUACCUCAGGGAGGCCUGGGGCCAUGACCUCUUCGUACACCCAAAUACACGCACAAACUCUGUAAAAGCAUAAACAUUUACUGUACCUAUGCCAAGGAGGGUAAGAGACUGAUGCACUGCCAGCCCCCAUAAGUGCACACACACACAUACAUACAUAUACACACACACAGACACAUGAAUGCUUGCCCACACUCCCUACUUUAUUAAACCACUAAUAUUUCUUAUUUUAACUUUUUUAUUUAUUGUAUUUAAUGCGCAUUUUUCUUCCUAAACUAGAGCAAUACAGAGAUACCUCACACUGCCUAUUCUUCCAAUGCUCCUGAUCGUGCUUCUAUUUAAUUUAUUUUAUAUUUGAAACAGAUGAACGUUGAGUUGAAGGGAAUGGAAACCAAUACACAAAUGCACAAACUGACUGACUGAGUGAGCUGAGGGGGCGUGUGCUUCUCUUGAACUGAUGUGCCAUUAUACUGUACUUGCUAUUGAACUGUGCAAGUGAUGAGACGUGCGUUACUGUUACGUGCCAUACUUUACUCAUCUACUGGGUUUUCACUCUCUUUAUGCAUACACACACACACACACACGCACACUUUGAAGUGAAGUGCACUGAUGCAUUUAAUGCCAUACAUCAACGUGUUUCUGUCUUUACACUGUGAACUGUGAGCGAAUUGCUCUCUCUCUCACACACACACAAGCGUGACGCACCACAACGUAGCACUACUACUACAACUACUGCUGUCCCUGCUAAUUAAAAAAGAUCCAAACACACACAUACUGUAUACUGUAUAUCCAACAUUUUGGAGAUCUGGACACCCACUUAUGCAGCGUUUUUUUUUUUGUUUUUAUUUAAUGCAAAGUCAAGGGUAUUUAUUAGUAAUAAUACCCCCUUUACUGCAGUUAAAGUCUCUUCUCGUAAGAAAGGCUUUCCACGUAGAUUUUGGAGCAGAUUUUGGACCGUCGCCAUGAGGAAUUGGUUGCAUUUUAGCCACAGGAGUAUUAAUGAGGUCAGGUACUGAUGUUUGUUCAUUAAUCCUGGCAUUAAGACUCAUCGCAAAUGUAUUCAAUAGUUCUCCAUUACUCCAGAGAACGUCAUUCCACUGUUUUUUGCAGCCCACAGCCAGAGAACUUUAUACCUGGCAUUGGGCAUGAUGCUCUUAGGCUUGUGUGCGACUGCUCAAGACUGUUCUGAAUCAGUUGGCUUUGCUUUUCUACAGAUUAUCUGACAUAAUUGAUUGACAGUGUCAGUAAUAAUGAAUGCACCUUAAAGCUGAAAUGGCUGAAUUCAGUAAUAAGAAGGUGUAGAGACAUGUUUGGACAUCCAGUGGUUUGCAAAAGUAACUUUUUUUUUAUUACAUUUUGUCACCUUAAAACCACAAGCUAAAGUGUAUUUUAUUGAGAUUUGUCUUCUGAUAGACCAACACAACGUAUCACAUAGUUGUAAAAGAGAAUGGGAAUAAUACAUGAUUUUCAAAAUUUGAAUCAAAUUAAAAUCAGAACACUAUAUCAUUAAUUAGUAGAGACACCUUUCACUGCAAUUACAGCUGAAAGUCUUUUUGUUAUAUGUCUCUACCAGCUUUGCGCAGCUAGAGACUAAGGUUUUUGGAUGGAGAGCGCCUGUAAACAGUACAGACAUUUUCAUGUCUUGCCUCAGAAGCUCAGUGGGACUUGGGUCCAUUCUAACAUGAAUAUUCUUUGAUCUAAAUCAUUCCACCGUAGCUCUGGCUGUAUGUUUAGGGUCAUUGUCUUGCUGGAAGGUGAAUCUCCUUCCCAGUCUCAAGUCUUUUGCAGCUUUUAACAGGUUUUCUUCUAGGAUUUUCCUGUAUUUAUCUCCAUCCAUAUUCCCAUUAACUCUGACCAGCUUCUCUGUCCCUGCUGAAGAAAAGCAUCCCCACAGCAUGAUGCUGCCACCACCAUGUUUCACAGUGUGGAUGGUGUGUUUAGGGCGAUAAGCAGUGUUAAUUUUCUGCCACACAUAUGCUUUGCAUUUAGGCUACAAAUUUCAACGUUAAUCUCAUCUGAUCACAGCACCUUCUUCCACAUGUUUGCUGUGUUUCCUACAUGGCUUGUGGCAAACUACAAACACCACAUAUGUCUUCUUUUAACAAUGGUUUUGUUUUUGCCACUCUUCCAUAAAGGCCAGAUUUGUGGAGUGCACGACUAGACCAUGGAGCUCUUGGCUGCUUCUCUGAUCAGUGCUCUCCUUGCUCAAUCUGUCAGUUUAGGUGGACAGCCAUAUCUUGGUAGGUUUGCAGGUGUAGAAUACUUUUUCCAUGUUUGGAUAAUGGAUUAAACAGUGCUCUUUGGGAUGGUUAAAGCUUGGUAUGUGUUUUUAUAACCUAGCCCUGCUUUAAACUUUUCCACGACUUUAUCUCCGUUUCUUGAUCUUCAUGAUGCUGUUUAUUCAGUAGUGUUCUCUAACAAACCACUGAGGCCUUUACAGAACAGCUGUAUUUAUACUGAGACUAAAUUACACACAGCGUAACGAAUUAAGUGGCUUUUGAAGGUGAUUGAUUGCACUGGAUUUUAUUUAGGGGUUUCAGAGUGUAUCAUUUUCUUUCCACUUCACAAUUAUGUGUUACUUUUUUGUUUUAUCUAUCACUUAAAAUCUGAAUAAGAAACAUUUUAGCUUGUGGUUGUAAGGUGACAAACUGUGAGAAAGUAUGGAUUCUUUUACAAGCCACUGUACAUUCAGACUGUAUUACAGUGAGUGCAAUUUUUACUGUGAUGUAGGUUUUCCUACUAAAGAAACAUAAUUGGUCAGAUGAGAGAGGUGUAUUACAUAUGCCACUGAGGCUUUCUAACACUUAUCUGUCUUCGUGAAACCAGUUUAACACAUUUACAGCAGUGUUUUUAAAGACUGAAGACUUUAAAGUGAGGUAUUAGAUCUUAUACAGUCUUUAUAAAGACUCUCUCCAUAAUUCUCAGUGGAUUCUUAAGCCUUUAAUAAGGUGCUUAUUAAGGCUCGUAGAUGAGUGAGAACUAGGCUUGUUUAUAAGCUAUGCACUAAGCUGUGUGACCAAACCCUAGUCCAAGAGAGAGUUCAGCCUCUUUCAGCAGCUGCUUGCCUUUAGCUAGGGACAUUUCAUUUUUCUCUUUUUGCUUUUCAGGUUGAUACAUUCCUCAUGUAUUUUGUGUGUCUCUCUCUCUUCCAUUUUUCUGACACUCUACGCUUCGUUUGUUCGCUCUACUAGAAGACAGAUGUGAGGUGAUGGUCUAGAAUCAGUUAAUUCCUUUUAUGUAUUCAUUCUAAAUGUCUUUGUUGGUUAAUCAGUGGAGUAAUCAGAAAUCAUUACUUUUGAUUUUAGAUACUCCACACGCAGGAAUCUAGAUUCUCUAGAUUGUUUUUGCAUCUCUCUCCAGGCAAGCACUCGGAGGUUGAGAUUGGGUUGAGAAUGCUGUUUACCAUUUUGUGGGAAGUUCUUUUUGAAUACACCUUUUAACAAACCGAAAGAGAGUCAUUUCUAACGUUUUGCCAAAACCGAUUUUGAUAAAUGCCUACUGCGGUAAUGUUUUCUUUAAUAAAAAGGAAAAUUGACAGAAAAA